AACCACGAAAGAGCAUAUACAACCCAACUAUAGAGGAGAGAGAAAAAGAAAGAGAGAGAGUAUUAUUAUACACUACCAAUCAUAUAUAUAUAGAGAGAGAGUUGAGAAUUAAAGAGUAAGAAAAGAUAAACAUCUUAAGAACCAAAAAAUAAAAACAAGAGAGAAAAAAAUGGAAGUUGGGUUGAUGAAGAUGGAGGAUACAGAGCUCAAUCUUGGGCUCGGGCUCGGGCUUGGACUCCCCGGUGGCGGUGGCGGGAACGGUUGCGGUGUAGAGAAACCAGCUGAGAUGGUUGUGAUUAAGAGUGGUAGUGGUGUUGGAAAUAAAAGAGGUUUUUCUGAAACUGUAGACUUGAAGCUGAAUUUUAGUACUACUACAAACAACAAUAAGAAUGAUCAUAAUAAUAAUAAUAUUAUUAAUUCUGGGAAAGAGCAAACUGCUACUUCAGCUCCUUUGGAUCUGAUGAAAAAUGAUAAUAAAGCUGAUGUUUCUGCUGAUAAGGAGAUUUCCUCAAAGGUUAAUGCUGAUUCUGUUAAGCCUCCUGCCAAGGCACAAGUUGUGGGUUGGCCACCAGUGCGAUCAUACAGAAAGAACAUGCUGGCAGUCCAGAAGACCACCGGCGGACCAGAUUCCGAGACUGAGAAGCCAAUGAACGGCGGCGGGGCCCUGGUGAAGGUUAGCAUGGAUGGUGCACCAUACCUACGUAAGGUGGACUUGAAAAUGUACAAGAGUUACCAAGACCUUUCUGAUGCUUUGGGCAAGAUGUUUAGUUCUUUCACCCUAGGCAACUAUGGAGCUCAAGGGAUGAUUGAUUUCAUGAAUGAGAGCAAGCUGAUGGAUCUCCUCAAUGAUUCUGAUUAUGUACCAACAUAUGAAGACAAGGAUGGAGAUUGGAUGCUUGUUGGUGAUGUUCCAUGGGAGAUGUUUGUGGAGUCAUGCAAACGACUUCGCAUUAUGAAAGGAAAGGAGGCUGCUGGUCUUGCUCCAAGAGCCAUGGAGAAGUGCAAGAACAGGAGCUAAGCAAAGAAAUGGAACAAUCCUGCUCCUUUGAUCUUAAGGACACACAUCAAAAAUCAGUUUAAAGAGAAAAAAAAUUGAAUGAGAAUGCAUGUCUAACAGAUGGAUUGAGCAGGGUGAAUUUGUAAUUUCAUGUGUACUUGUUCCUUUUUUUUCUUAUUAUUUUUUUAUUUUUAAAACUUUUUUUGCAUUUUCUUGUACUAUGAUUUGAUAUAGAUUUAUCAUAUUACUACUAUUAAAGUCUGUGAGUUGUAUGGUGCUGAAAUUUAUGACUAGAACAUAGAAACAGUAACUAAAUUUGUGUCCACAAUUAAGACCAUGUUUGGCUGGCCCCAA